UCUCCGGAGCAGCCUCCGCGCCGCGCUCCAGCCGCCCGGAGGUGCCUGCCCAGCCCAGCCCAGCCCAGCCCGGCCCGGACGGCCCCGCCGGCCGCGCUGCCUGCCCGGCCCGGCCCGGCCCGGCGGAGGGAGACAGCGGGCACCCACCCGCCGGGGCCCCGGCCGGACCUCGGGGGUGCCCGGCUCCCGGCCAGCGGCGUGGAGCGAGUUCGACGCUUUCCUCAGUCCUGGCAGGAUGCUGCCUUCCUCCCGGACACAGCUGGGGCUCUUCUUCAUCCUCCUGUGCCCCGCUAACAUCAUCGGGCUCUGGUGGGCAGUGGGGAGCCCCCUGGUCAUGGACCCCAACAGCAUCUGCCGCAAGACGAAGCGGCUGGCGGGGAAGCAGGCGGAGCUGUGCCAGCUGGAGCCAGAGAUUGUGCAGGAGGUGGCCAAGGGCACCAAGCUGGGCGUCCGGGAGUGCCAGUACCAAUUCCGCUUCCGCCGCUGGAACUGCACCAGCCACAGCAAGUACUUCGGCAAGAUCCUGCAGCAGGAUAUCCGUGAAACAGCCUUCGUGUACGCCAUCACGGCGGCUGGAGUGAGCCACGCCAUCACGCAGGCCUGCAGCAUGGGCGAGCUGCUGCAGUGUGGCUGUGAGCUGACACGGAGCCGGGCCCCCCCCUCGCCCACGGCGGGGCCAGGCACAGAGGGCACCGCCUGGGAGUGGGGGGGCUGUGGGGAUGAUGUGCAGUUCGGCUACGAGAAAUCCCAGCAGUUCAUGGAUGCCAAGAACAAGAAAGGCAAAAAUGACAUCCGAGCUCUUAUCGACCUGCACAACAACGAAGCCGGGCGCUUGGCGGUGCGCAGCUACAUGAGGACAGAGUGCAAAUGCCACGGGCUGUCGGGCUCCUGCACCCUGCGCACCUGCUGGAGGAAGAUGCCCCAUUUCCGCGAGGUGGGGGAUCGCCUGCUCGAGCGCUUCAAUGGGGCUUUCAAGGUGAUGGGAGGCAACGAUGGGAAAACCCUCAUCCCUGUGGGUGACAACAUCAAGCCUCCCGAUAAACAGGACCUCAUCUACUCGGCCGACUCACCCGAUUUCUGCUCGGCUAAUCGUAAGACAGGCUCACUGGGUACCAGGGGCCGUGUCUGCAACAGCACGGCCAUGGACACGAGUGGCUGCGACCUGCUGUGCUGCGGGAGAGGGCACCGGGACGAGACGGUGGUGCUGGAGGAGAACUGCCUUUGCCGCUUCCACUGGUGCUGCGUGGUGCAGUGCCGCAAGUGCUCCGUCCGUCAGGAGCUCAGCCUCUGCAUCUGACAGCCUGGGGUCAGGCGAGGACAAUUUGGGAGGCCACCUCCAGGCUCACAAGGCCCCCCCCGGGACAGUGACAGGUGGAGCCAAUGGCAGAGUCAGCGUGGGUGAGCUCAGCUUUGCGCUCUGGGGAGUCCUGGCUUCCCCAGAGGGCAGCGCGAGGCUGCCUGGCAUCCCCGUGGUCCCCGUGGCACAGAGCUUCCUCUAAUAAAGCUAUUUAAAGCCAUA